AUAUCCUGUUGUCUUUCAAGGUAUCGUCGCUCUGAAGGCCCAUGAAGCUACGAUUCAAAUGCACAGGGUAAGCGGGAAUACCGAAAUGGUUAAACAUUCGUUAAUUCAGUUUGAGACUAUGAGUGGCGGUUUGCCAGUUAUUCGGAUCAAUCAGCGUAUGAGAAUGGAAACUAAUCAGCUUGAAACUGUAAGAAGCAAGAUGAACGACGAGCGUUCAUAUGUAGCUCUUGUUUGCUUGGCUUGUGGUAAAGAUAAGGAUGAUAUCAGACAUCAGUCUGAAGUGUUGAAAGAGCGUUUCGUUGAUUAUUUGAUCUCCAAAGUUGCUGCUGGGAUCUGUAAUCUUGGAAAUGAGCGACAUCCGGUCCCAGAUUCAAUUGUACACGUGUUUCCUCCAUGCAGCUUUGCAUCAGAAUUUCUCAGGUUAAAUGCAUCAGAUCUUCUGGAUACUAUCCAACAGCAAGCUAUCAAUUAUUUGUUCAUUGUGAUAACUGCAACGAAUUGAGG